AUGCCUGGUAGGGAAGUUGCACGGAAUUUCAUGCUAUCAGAGGGCCAUUUCAGUCGUAUAUUUGCAACGUGGAUCAAUUUUCUUGUCCAUAAGCUCAAAGCAAUAACAACCUUUCCAACAGUGGAGAAUAUAAAGCCGUAUUUGCCCAAGUCCUUUCAAGGUUUUGAGAACACUCGGCUGGUACUGGAUGCCACUGAAAUUCGUAUUCAGAAACCCUCCUCCCUGAAUGCGCAGAGACGAACGUUUUCAACAUAUAAGCACUACAAUACCUACAAAGCUGUAAUUGGUUGCACACCCGAUGGGUAUAUUGCCUUCGUGUCAAAGCUGUGGGGUGGAUCUGUUUCUGAUAGUCUUGUGGUGGAGGAGAGUGGCAUCUUGGACCAACUCCAACCAGGUGAUGGGAUCAUGGUAGAUAAAGGAUUCGUGUUCCCUGCAAUGCCACCACGCAUUACAUUGUACAGACCGCCAUAUCGUCAGAGUCACGAACCCCAGAUGAGUUGUGCUGACGUUAUAGAAACAAGACGUGUGGCGUGUGCCAGGGUGCAUGUUGAGAGGGCCAUUCGCAGAGUAAAGGCUUUCCAUAUCCUUGAUAGGCCAUUCCCAAUAUCUAUGAUUGAUAUUGCAGAGCAAGUAUUUCAUGUAUGCUGUUUCCUUAGCAAUUUUCGCCUGCCGCUUAUAGCUGAUCACUAACUGGAUCUGCUAACUGCAUGUUUUGUACAUAUUGCACAGCAAGUUGUUGUUCACCAAAUACAAAUUUUGCAACAUACUCCUACAAUGUCUCCAGUGUUGCUUUUAUGGAUGUGGGUUUACUCACAGUCAUGUUCGUUUAACAAGAGGCAUGUAACUGCUAGGUUAGAUCAACUGAGGAGCAGAAAACUGCAUUGUGAUUAGUUACUGGCAUUGCGCAUAAAUUCAAUAGACAGAUAAGUUGCGUAGGUUAAAGCAUUUAUUCCAUCUUCUUUAUUUUAAAUUUCAGACCACGACCUUGCUCACACAUGUAGUAGCCAUUCUUCCAUUGUGUGUAUGACACAUACUGUCCCUUUAUGUACAGUUUUCCUAAUCUUCUCACACGCUGCGUUAAAAGCUCGGGAACCAAAGCGUGUUUUGCAAAAUGCAGUAGUGCAGGGAGCACUUCUGUCUCCCAAAACGUAACGUCAAAAAAGAUUCUUUCAAUGCUAAUUGACCUCCCUGUGCUUCCGGCAUUGGUCCAUAUGACAAAGUCGCACCAUGUUGUUCCUGUGACUCCCAUCUGACCCUGAACCUGAUAGUAAUAUGCGUG